AUGGACUCGAUGCGCAGCCUCAACACAUCGCUUCCGCGCACCUCGCCUCGCCGUAGUCAGCAACCUCCGGAAGAACUCCUUUCUGCCUUCAAGGCCGCCGCUCUCUCCGUUACAAACCUAUACAAGAACGCUGCGUCUGAACAGGCAAGAUCACGCGCUGCCGGCUACCAGGAUGCCUUGGACGAUCUACUGUCUUUUCUCGACAAGGAAAACCUUGGCCUCGGCGACGGCGAGGGUUGGAGUGUGAGGCAAUGGGCCACCGAACGUUUUGACGGUGCCCACUCGGCCGCUCGUGAGAGCGACGAUGAAGAGGAAGAGCAAGAGGAACAACCAAGGAGUUCGAGCCCUGAAGUUGUCAGGAAGCCUGCUGCCGCUCCUGUUGCGACCCACGACCUACCACAACCUGAACCUGUCAAUACCGAUGUUUCUUCAGUCCAACAUCAACAACAACCACAAGUCACCCGAGCGGAUCCUACCGUCCCCCAGGCGGAUACCUUCACCUUUCGCUCAUCUCUGGCAUACCCCCCUCCAAACCACGAUCGGGAGGUAGACAUGGAUGCCUCCAACAAUCCUCCUAUCGACACGCCCAACUCUUCCACAUCCGCAAACCCAGUGAGACUGGAGGUGCACUCCAGACGGCGGAACAACCACAACCGGUCGAAUAACAACAACAAUAAUAACAACAGGAUUGCAUCCAUCAACCUCGGUUCCUUGGGCUCUGGCGCUGGCUCCAAACGUAAGAAUCUGGGAGACUUUUUCGACAUCUCAGGCCUAUCGUUUGGGAAUAACGGCAGAGACGGGUCCGACCGUGGAGGAAAGAGAGGGAGACAUGCUUGA